AUGCAGGCCGGCAGGCUCGGUGCACUGCGUGCGGGCGUCAGGGCCCAGCUGCUGGUUGUUUCUCCGGCGACGAUCGACGUCCAGCAGCUGCCGGCCUUUGAGGAGUGGCACCGUCACCCGGAGCUGCUGCUGGGGUGUGAGCCGGGCGCGGCCCCUCUGACGGUGGCCUUGCUACUCAGUGGCGGCGUCGAUAGCAGCUUGGCGCUACACUUGCUGGUGGCGGCGGGCCACCGCGUUACUGCCUUCUACCUGCAGAUCUGGUUUCAGGAGGACUUUCGCAACUUCUGGGGCGCCUGCCCAUGGGAGGAGGACUUGGAGUACUGCAGGGCGGUCUGCGAGCGGCUGGGGGUGGAGCUGCAGGUCGUGCCGCUCACAGAGCAGUAUUGGGACCGUGUGGUGGCACACUGUAUAACCGAGAUUCGGCAUGGCCGCACCCCCAACCCAGACGUGCUGUGCAACUCCAGGGUCAAGUUUGGUGCAUUUUACGAGCAUUUAAGUGCGCAGGCCAUUGGCACCUUCGACCGCAUCGCCUCCGGGCACUAUGCCCGGCUGGAGCGACCUGGAACGGCUGCAGCGGCACGGCUGGCACUGACACCUGAUGCCAUCAAGGAUCAGACUUAUUUCUUGGCACACCUGAGCCAGCACCAACUAGCUCGCGCGCUGUUCCCCCUCGGCCACCUCACCAAGCCACAGGCAAGAGGGAGCAGCGUCCGUGCCUUGGCAGCAGCGGCAGACUUGCCCAAUAAGGCGCGCAAGGACAGCCAGGGCAUCUGCUUCCUGGGCAAAGUCAAGUUCAACGAGUUCAUUAGGAAGCACCUUGGGGAGUGGCCGGGGCCGAUUGUGGAGGAGGAGAGCAACGAGGUGGUGGGCUUCCACCACGGCUUCUGGUUCCACACCGUGGGCCAGCGCAAGGGUAUUGCACUGUCGGGGGGGCCCUGGUAUGUGACGCGCAAACACCCUGACACAAACGUGGUCUACGUCUCCCGCCAGUACCAUGAGAGUGACAAGCUGCGCAACAGCUUCUCCUGCCACUCCUUCAGCUGGUGCGGUGUGGCACGGCCGGACCCUUCCCGCCUGCUGUAUUGCAAGGUGCGGCACGGCCCGCACAUGUAUGCCUGCCAGCUGUCCCUCGAGCCCGGCGGCGGCGCAGGGCAUGUGGUGCUGGGUGGGAACGACCAGGGGCUGGCGGCGGGGCAGUAUGCCGUGUUCUACCAAGAUGGCGCUUGCCUUGGCUCGGCCGUCAUUGCUGGUUGA